AUGUCCCCCUGGGCUUGGUGGUGCACCAGGUCAAACAUCCAGAAGACCACCAGGUCCAGCGCCACCACCAGGCAUCCCAUGGCUAUGUGUCUGAGGAUGGACACUGCGCUGAGGGCAGCCGUCCGCCACUCCCUGGCCGUCAGCUGCAACAAGUGGACAUUAGGAGCUUCUGGACUCACAGAGAAGAGGUGUAGCCGCAAGCUCCAUCAGCUGCUGGGUCUGGUUCAUGGCCAGUUCGGCCCCACACACCACGCUGUCCGCUGCACGGUCAAAGUUCUCCAGGGUGUUGGUGAUGGGGCCCUGGACCAACAUGGAGAUGAUGAGGAACAAGAGGAAGUUCUUGCCCUUCACUUGCAGUCAUUCCGUACACAGAGGCAAGGAAUAGGCCAAACAAAAACCCGCCCAAACUCCGCACAAGCCCACGCAGACGAGGAUCACGGAAAGGUUUGGUCUUGCUUCGUGGACGACGCCUUGGGAAUCUGGGAACCCUGUCAAAAAGGUUUAUUUGUGGGGCUCUUCCACAAUGUCUCAAUGACCACUGUAAACAGGUUCUUAGCAGGAUAUGCUUUUGUUGCUGUAUCUAUUCUGGGUGGGGCGUUUUCCUCCUACUUUCGCUGCUCAGUCCUCCUGAUCUUUCCCAGCAUGCUCGGCUCCCGUGGCAGGGCGUACCUCAUGCUAUUUGUCCUCUACAGGGGCCCAAUCGCCAACAUCCACCGUAAUGUCCAGGAUGUGGCCUUCUCUAUGGGCUGCAACAUUGAGCUCCAGAUCAAACACAGCAAGGUCAUGUGGAGGGUGGUGAUGGAGCCCUUCAUGCAGGUGGUGCAGGGUAUUGUGGAGGCUAAGAGUGUGAGCAGGAAGUUUCAUAGCAUCAGGGAUGAGAUCAUGGGGCAGUUUGGCUAUGACUCCAUGAAACAGGGCCCUGUUGCUGCCGGCAACAGCACCCAGGAUUUGUAUGCAGCAAAGACGAUGAUGCGAUAUGUGGUGGAGCAGGGGAUAGAGCGCUGUCGGGAGUGGUUUGAGGUCAAGUGGCAGGACUGCAUGAAUGCCAUCAAGGCCCCAGUCAUCAACCACAUCCUGUGUGUGUCCAUGAGAUUCCACUUCCUCUGUGACGUCAUGAGAGUCAUGAAGCCCUGGUGCAGGGAGGAGAUCCCAGUGGAAGGGAACUUUGGGCAAACUUUCGACAAGCUCAACUUCUCCAUUGACGCACUGUCCAGAGAAUUCAGCACUAACGUAGAGCUCCAGGAGGAGCAGCAGCAGUCUGUGUUUGGUGUCUCAGCCCUACAGGAGGAUUUCACAGAGGGUCUGAGUAAAGCCUUCGAGGAGACCAAGGUCAUCCUGGACCAGUUUCUGGGCCUCAUCCAGCUCCUCCUGUACCUUCUUCACCUCGGGAGUGUCAGAGCGUUUGGAUAUGCGAAGCAGUAUACCCAAGACUUUCGAUUUGACAACAUCUACAUCACCACCUACUUCAGACAGAUUGAUGCCAGGAGAAGGAGAAUCUGUGUCAUUGGGCCACAGAUGGCGGGCCUGCUGCAGGUAGUCUCUCUGGCUGUGUUUGUCUGUGUGCUACUGGCUGUCGAUAUGGUGCUCUACCGCAUCUUUGACAUCAUCCGCAGACACACUUUCACAGAGUUCUCCCUCACCAGUAGCCACCACAUAGACAUCAAGGUGGGAGGACAGUCCAUGAAUGCCAAGCUGCUGAGGAAGACCAUUGGUGCCUUCAACACCUCCUCCAACCUGGAUAUGCAGUCUAGUAACCAGCACUGUCUGCCCCAGCCGAGGGCCCUCACCACAGAGGACUACCUGUGGAGUUUCGUGCCACUCCUGAUGAUGGCUCUGAUGUGCUGCCUGCAGGUGUACAGCAACCGCCUGCGCAGGGUCAUCGCUGCCUUCUACUUCCCCAAGCGGGAGAAGAGGCGUGCUCUGUUCCUUUAUAACCUGCAAAUUCAGAGGCGCAUCUCAUACACCAAAAGGCAACGCACACGACUCAUGCAGCUAGGAAUAGGAGAGAAAACGGUGUUGUCUGGUGUGUUGUCCAGACUGGAGAGGCUGGGCUGCAGGCUGCGGUGGUGCUGUGUGUGUGGGGAGAGGCAGAGGGGUGACCGGGCCGUGGAGUGCACAGUCCCAGGCGGCUUACUGUCCCCAGUGCUGGAGGGACCUGGGCAGGACCUGUUACACCUGUGUCCCCACUAGUAACUGGGAACCAGAGGAGAGCUGUUCAGACACAGACAUGUACUAUGUCCAUUAGAGCGACCACCUAAAUCACAUGCAGAUACAUUAAAGGCAUUUAGCAUAUUAGCCCAUUACAGGUUUUGGUCCUCAAUUUUUUUCAAUAGCAAUAAAGCAAACUUGCCGAAUGAACA